GAAGGCAAGUCGAUCACCAUUUCAACUGCAGCACUUGUUUUUCUGCUGAAUUAACAAAACUAAUUUUGCUUAUUUUUCGUUGAAUAACCAACGGCCUAGAUUUUUAUUCCAUUAAAUAAAUAUGGGAUUUGGAGCUAAUGCUGAUCAUUUGUGUUUAUGCUUUGCUCUCUGUUUAAACCAUUCUUUGCUUAAAAGAGACAAUGGAGCUGAGCUUUGCUUGAGAGGCUGGAUCUUGGAUUCACAAAGAUGAUGGCUUCCUUGAGUCUUCUCGCUACGCCUUCUGCUUUUCGAUCUUUCUCACCUUCAUCCAACAACAAUCGCUCUUUCGUAAUAUUACGUUCAACAACUAAUCAUCAACUUGCCAAACAACUAGCCGCUGAGUAUAGUCGUGGAUCCCAAAAUUUGUUACGGCGACAUUUAUUUCCCUGCAACUCCUUGUAUCGAAGGGUCAGCUAUGGUUCCCCAAUAUCAGCUGUUAUAGUUCAGGAUACUUCAACGAUGACAACCUCCGAGGAAGAAGCAGAACACAUCCGUAUCUUCGAUGUUGAUACUGCACUCCGACCAUUUAAAGAUCACUUUCAAUAUAGAAUUAAGAAAUAUGUGGAUCAGAACACUCUCUUUGAAAAGUACGAGGGAGGGUUGGAGGAAUUUGCAAAAGGUUAUUUGAAAUUCGGAUUUAACAAAGACGACGAUGGAAUUGUCUACCGUGAGUGGGCUCCUGCUGCUCAGGAAGCUCAAGUUGUUGGAGAUUUUAAUGGAUGGGAUGGUUCCAACCACCAGAUGGAAAAAAAUCAAUUUGGCGUUUGGAGCAUAAAAGUUCCGGAUUAUGAGGGAAACCCUGCUAUUCCUCAUAAUUCAAGAGUCAAGUUCAGAUUCAAGCAUGGUGAUGGAGUUUGGGUAGAUAGGAUUCCUGCUUGGGUUAAGUAUGCCACUGUAGACCCUAAUACAUUUGGAGCACCAUAUGACGGCGUGCAUUGGGAUCCUCCACCUUCAGAAAGGUAUGAGUUUAAGUACCCUCGUCCUCCAAAACCUAAAGCCCCAAGAAUAUAUGAAGCACAUGUUGGAAUGAGUAGUUCAGAACCACGUAUUAGUUCAUACAGAGAAUUUGCUGAUGAAGUUUUACCCCGAAUUAAGGCAAAUAAUUAUAAUACUGUACAAUUGAUGGCUGUAAUGGAGCACUCCUACUAUGCAUCGUUUGGAUACCAUGUUACGAACUUUUUUUCUGCAAGUAGUAGAUCUGGAACUCCUGAGGACCUCAAAUAUUUAAUUGAUAAAGCUCACAGCUUAGGUCUACAGGUCUUAAUGGAUGUUGUUCACAGCCAUGCAAGUAACAAUGUCACUGAUGGACUCAAUGGCUUUGAUGUUGGCCAAAGUUCACAGGAAUCAUAUUUUCACACUGGAGAAAAAGGUUACCACAAGUUAUGGGAUAGUCGGCUGUUUAAUUAUGGUAAUUGGGAAGUCCUUCGCUUCCUCCUUUCAAACUUGAGGUGGUGGCUUGAGGAGUUCAAAUUUGACGGGUUUAGGUUUGAUGGAGUGACCUCCAUGUUGUAUCAUCACCACGGUAUCAACAUGGCAUUCACAGGGAAUUACAACGAGUAUUUCAACGAGGCUACUGAUGUUGAUGCUGUUGUUUAUUUAAUGCUGGCCAAUUCUCUGAUACAUAGCAUCUUGCCGGAUGCAACUGUAAUUGCUGAAGAUGUUUCCGGUAUGCCUGGACUUGGUAGGCCUGUCUAUGAAGGGGGAAUUGGUUUUGAUUACCGGCUAGCAAUGGCCAUCCCUGACAAGUGGAUUGAUUACUUGAAGAAUAAGAAUGAUGAACAGUGGUUAAUGAAGGAUUUAUCCUGGAACUUGACAAAUAGGAGACACACUGAGAAGUGUAUAUCCUAUGCUGAAAGUCAUGAUCAGUCUAUUGUUGGUGACAAGACAAUAGCAUUUUUCCUGAUGGACAAAGAAAUGUACUCCGGCAUGUCAUGUUUAACAGAUGCUUCUCCUGCCAUUGAGAGAGGGAUUGCACUUCACAAGAUGAUACAUUGUAUCACUAUGGCAUUAGGAGGAGAGGGUUACCUUAAUUUUAUGGGAAACGAGUUUGGCCAUCCUGAAUGGAUUGACUUUCCGAGAGAAGGCAAUGGGUGGAGUUACGAAAAGUGCACAAGACAGUGGAACCUGGUGGAUACCGAUCACUUAAGAUACAAGUUCAUGAAUGCAUUUGAUAGAGCUAUGAAUGCACUUGAUGAUAAAUUUCCAUUCCUUUCAUCGGCAAAGCAGAUGGUGAGCUGCGCUGAUGAAGUAAACAAGGUUAUCGUCUUUGAGAGGGGAGAUCUUGUUUUCGUGUUCAACUUUCAUCCAGAAAAUACAUAUGACGGGUACAAAGUGGGGUGUGACUUGCCAGGGAAGUAUAGAGUUGCGUUGGAUAGUGAUGCUUGGGAAUUUGGUGGGCAUGGAAGAGUGGCUCAUGAUGUGGAUCAUUUCACAUCUCCUGAAGGAAUUCCGGGUGUGCCUGAAACUAACUUCAAUAAUCGCCCUAAUUCUUUCAAAGUACUGUCACCAGCUCGCACAUGCGUGGUUUAUUAUAAAGUCGACGAAAGUCUAAAAGAAACUAAUGACGCCGAAUUAAGUGGUGUCGAUGAGACAUUAAAAGUCGACGCACCAGAGCAGGAGAAUGUUGAAGAGUCGACUAUCCUGAUUCUUCCCAGGUUGCUCAUGGAGCUGAACAGAAUCCAGGAGAAACUAAUGACCAUUACGUGGGCAGUGUUCAUGAGAAAUCGCAAAAAGACGGAGCAAAGCGGGAAAGUAUUGAAGAGAGAGCUUCUGUGGUAGACAAAAUGAUUGUGGCUAAUAAGCUAAAUGAUCCUGAAGUGGAAGAGUCGGAGGAGGACGGAAUGUCGGAUGAAUAAGCUUUUCGGCUCCAACACGAAUCUUCCGGACGGAUUUGAUUACUGAAGCCCAAGUGCCUAGCUUUUGUUUUGUGAAUAAUAAUAGUGCGAGGACCGAGUAAGCAUGGGAUUUUAUUU